UGCCACCGGGCUGGUUUAAUGUUAACUUAAGUCUUAAGUUUUUAUUUACAAUUUCCACAUUUUUUAUAAGGUAUUUUUAUAGAAUAUUGAAAUGAACAAUCCUCAGAUAAUCUGUUAAACAUGUCAUAAUUGCGCCAUUGAAGAAUAGUUUCUUUGGUAGAAAAAUGAAUGCCAAUCAACGUACGAUCUACAAUAGUACGAUGGCAAAUCCUUCUAAUCGAACUCCGGAGCAAGACGAUCGAGAUGAUCAGGUCUGGACCGAUGACCAAUCUAACAUCUCAUCUGACUGCAGUCACAGCAGUUGUGACUCGAGAACACACGAAUGGAGUCCAUAUAUAAUAGACAACUUUUUGUUUUAUAUGAAAUUUGAUUUGGUUUACAAUGCAAAGCCAAUUAUAUUCGACGAUGAUUUGUUUUUCCGCAAUGAGUACAAAAGACUGUCGAUACGUAAGAAGGAAAAUAUUCUUUCAAAAUUUGGCCAGCGCGACAAGAACAAGCAUAAGCUUUUUAAGGUGAAUAUCAUAGAUUCUUCAAAGAAGGAGCAUUUGAAUGGAAUCAACAAGGAAGUUAUCAUUAGCAUCGCUCCGAAAAAAAAUAUUAUCUUAAAGGAUGUCAUUCCACUGACAGAAACAAUACUUGGAAUAACAACCUCACUGUUUCCGGAUGGAAGGAAGCUUAUGGUAGAUAAGGUCAAGGACUAUUCCAUGUUUAACAAAGGAAAGUUAGUCAAAUCAAAGGAUUGGAUUAAAUCUAUUGAUUCGGAGACGGUAACUGUCGACAACUUGGAGUCCCUAUUGGAGGGGUGUACGAAGAUUCCAACCAUAAUAAGGAUAACUUUUUUUGAAAUGAUUGAACACGACAUUUCAAAUUCUAUAGAAAUUAAAAUAACCAAUUUGAUGGAUCUCAUUCAAAGCCAGGAAACGUUGUUCAACAAGGAUGAUAUUCAAACUAUGAGUAGCAACGAUCUGGUUUUCAGCAUGAUUUACAUAUCCAAGGAAUAUACACAAAACGAUGAACUGGACAUCAAAUUUUGCUACCCCACGAAGGAAAACAAUAUAAUUUACAACUCGAAGGGCAGCUUUGUAACGCUACAUUCCAUUUUUAGCUCUUCUUUUAAGACAAAAGCUCUCAUGACAAAUUUGAAAAUACGGAACAUCAUCUAUUACACCACUUAUAAUUUCUUUGAGGAUGGCAUACUUUUGCUAGGAUUCAACUCAAAGUAUUCUGCAUUGUUUUCAGUGAAGCAAAAAAGUGACCAGAUCUGUCGACUGCUGCGUAGUCUUUAUUUUGACUGUUCUUCCAUGUUCAACAAGCCGAUUGAACAGCAAACUGAAUUGAUGCAGCUAUGCGAACUGAUUCGCCACUCCAUCAAAACCAACAGAAGUAUGGAUAAAUUUGAAAAGACAUUCCAUCAGCCUCAUUUCGUGCCUCUACCGAAGGAAAUACAACUGCGAAUAGACGAUGCCUUGGGAGAACUGGAAGCAAUGGACUACCGGAAUUGGAAUGACGAGCUGGUGGAUCUGUUUUGUGAUUUGACGAUAAUUGGGUGUUGUUUGUAUUAUAAUCAGUACUUGGUGUGCUCACAUUUGGGUGGCUCAUAUUUGAUUGAAAUUGAAGCUAUUUUGAAAAAUUUAGGAAUAUUUGAAGUCAUUUCGACCACCAACAUAAAGAAUCUUGCCUUUUGGAAGAAAAUUUACCCUGAAGAGUAUUGCGACCUCAAUUUACAUAAAAAUAACGAUGUUUAUCUUAUGCUGGUUUCAAUUGGACACCUUCUGUUGGUAGUCAUUCUGGAGGCCCCAGUUGAUACAAAUCAUAAUAAAAGCCUCUCGCGUUACAUCGAGGAAAUACAAGAUAUGUUGGAUUACUUCAAAUCCACGGGAAUCGAAAAUCUCGUGAGAAUAUGGAUCGAUUCAAAUCGGCGCCCUCAGUGUAUUUCAACAUCAAUCACCAAGCAAGAAUCUUCGAUGGAUGAACAACGUCCCAUUGCGACUAGAAAUCAUGACGAGGAAUCCAACGCAUCAAGUUCGAUCAAAAAUCACGCACUCAAAGAUGAUGGGGCUAACGAACAUGACGACGAUGACGAUUCAGAUUGGGGCCAAAGCCUGGAUAGUAGUCAGAGGAGUAGCACUUUUGAUAUUACCGAGCUGUCAGAAAACCGUUGCAAAGAAUUCUCUGAAUUAAUUCCCAGUACGCUCACAUUUGGGAGCGAAAACCUUUUGUACUACUUUGUGCAGCUGGAGAUGGGCGAUGGAAUCUUUUUGGCACCGGCCAUGAAUUUUUCAAACUCAAAGCACGAUUUAAUUUUGAACACAUUUCGGAAAACUUGCACCAUUAUCCACAACACGUUGCAGAAUACGAAAAAGUUUCGCGAUAUACUGGCGAACGAAGCGAACAAGAUUGCCAACACGCAUCGCUCUUUGGUGGCCGUCAAAGAGCAAGGCAUGCUAAUGUCCGUCCCGAAGGAGAGUCCAAAUGGUGAACGAGUGGAAUUUUGGGUUCUUGGUCGGCUGUUCAAUUCCCCACCCCGAGAACUGUAUGUCUGUCACCGGGCGGAUGCCCCGCAGAAUAUGGUCGAGUUGGCAUUCCGCAUUUGUCUUACGUGUGCUGGAUGAAUGGAUAUGACUGAUGGAACGACGAAACAAGCAUAUGAGAAAAUAUAUAUUUUUACAAGCUCCUAAUACAA